AUCCAUAUCGCGCCAACAGCAAAACUUCUUUUCAGCUCAGCCAUCCAUCCGCUGUCCGCUGCUUGGUCGCCUCUCCAGACAACGGCCCACCAGCCAGCCCCUUGUCUCCAUCCGCCUGCGUUCUGCGCUGCUUGACAUCAUCUCAAUCCCAGCCGGUCGCAGCUCUCACAAGUUUCAGGGAAGGCACACAGCUAUCCCCUUCCCAUCCCCCACUCUCUCCUGCGCUGCUAUCUGUGUCGAAAUUCCGGUAGGAUCGUCGGUCACUUACCACAAUCAUUUCUCCGUCGGCAAACCCGGGCGUCGUUUUCGGUACCUCGACAACUUCCAGUGCCGGAUAGCAUUCAUCGUAAAUAUCUUGGGUCUAUCACGUCUUGCAACAUCACGUACCAUAUACACGUUUGGAUCCGAUUAAAUAUCCAUCCUUUCGAUUCCUUCUCUCAUCUCGCUGACGACGUUCUGAUCCGACACUCGAUUCCCAAGUGGCACGCAUUCCGGUGGUCGCAUAACAAUUUCAUUUAUAGUCAUCACGCGUCACCCAUCCAUCUUGCCUGAGCUUCUGACGGCCACCGUGCGACCCUUAUUGAACCAGUCUAUUGGCACCCUUGCAACACAGGUUACUGCGGGCUCUAUAUUGUUCAAUCUUUUGACUGUCAAUAUUUCCUGUGAUUUACCCAAAACAUUCCAAGCAUCUCCCCGCUUUCUCUGUCUAUGAUAUGGACCAAUCGUCUGGCUCUUCAUCAUCUCGCCAUCUGCCGUUUGGCGGUCCUGGGGCACGAACAAUUCUAGACGAUGAACCAGGUCCAUCCUCUCUGCCGGAUUCACAAGGGUACCCUGAAAAUAUGUAUGAAUCACACCCAGACGGUGCCCAGCAAUUAUCCCAGCAGUCAAGAGAGACCCACACUGCUUCACCUUCCCUAGACGGACCGCCAAUCAAGCGCGUAGGGGGCAAGGCAAACGUCUCAUCGGCGUGCGGGCCCUGCAAGCGGGCCCACUUGGCGUGUGACAUUGGACGACCAUGUAAGAGAUGCAUCAACAUGGGUAAACAGGAUCAAUGUGAGGAUGUACCGCACAAGAAGAGAGGAAGGCCAAAGGUCGCAAGACCGCCGCUCGGAGAACCGUACCAUCGAACAUCUAGGCCAGUGCCAGUGGCUGCCGAUGCUGGUGGAAUAGGCAGAUGGAGAGGCCCAUCAGUCUACGAUCCGUCUUUCGUGCCGAAUAUGGACGCCGCACCUGGUCCUUCCAUGACUGGCAGAGUAUCCCCCCGCAGGGCCAGCUCGUCAAGCAUGGACGCUUCUGCUGCUAGUUACCCCACUCCUGAUCCUACCGCUCAUCCCUUCACCUUGUUCACCACUACAGACUUCAAAAUCUUGCGAGCUAGUCCAUCCUGCUUCUCACUGGUUGGCUACCACCCUAACGAGUUCGUCAACCUCAACCUUCUUGAUUGGAUUCAUCCACAAGAUAGACACUUGAUUGACAUGGAGAGAAAUAAGCUGUUGGCAGUACCGUAUGUAGAGGGACAGUUGAGGUCUGUCGAAGUGACCCAGGCGGCAAUCACCCAAAGGACCGAAUUGGAAUUGUUGUCACCCGCUGAAGGAAUGCGUGAACCCUAUCCAAACAAGAAUGUCCGUGUCCUUCAUGUGGAUAACCGCUUUAGCCCCUUCAAUGUCCGACUUCACCUUGGCGGCGGGCUUGGUGCAAGCCUCUGGCAACCGGUAACUCUAGGCAGAGUGUAUCUGGUCGUUUCCUUCCUUGCGAUCCCUCGCAGUCAUCAUUUCCCUCCCGACGUACCUCCGGUACGACGACUUUCACAGAUAAGCCCUCCAACACCUAUAACCCCAGCUCCUGGCAUGUCGGGUCAAGGGCUCCCAGGUUUCUCUUCCAUCGCUGCCGGGGUUGACGGCCCUCAACCACGAUACGACCAACCCCCACCACAAGUAUACUACCCCCCACCGCAACCUCCAACGGCUCGUCCACCACCACCUCUUUCAGCACAGCCUUAUCCCUCCUACCCACAAACGGCCAUGCCGGCUAAUGCACCCAUGUAUCCCCCUCGACGGUCGUCUUCGCCAAACUCUGCAUACCGUACACCGCAAACAGCCAGUUAUCCUAUUAGCCCUACAGAGUAUCAAAUGCAGCCUGGAUUUUACCCGCCUGCUGGACCACAUCCUCUUGGACCGCCUACAGUCAUUGCCGGUGGAGAGUACAGACGGUCGAACUAUGAGGAGUGGAGGAUGGCGCAGCAAGCCGGUGCACCCGCAUCUCUACUCCCUCCUAGAGAUCACGCGGCGGUCACCGGUGGAUCUUCAAACGAUGCAACGAGACGAACUUGGGAGCUAUAAGAUCGGCGCAAAAUGGUUGAGAUGCCCAAUAAAUUUCAAAUCCCCAAUGAAAAUUUUGGGAAAAAAACAAUAUGAUAAUUUCAUGGAUUAGACCUGUAAUGAGCACUUGAUAAUGUCUUGAAUGGAAAAACGGUAUUAUUGUAGAGUUUCACGUAUGGUUAGUAGAGCAAACGCGUCGUGUCAUGACUUAUUAACGCUUUUCUGUUGUUAGACGUGCAUACCCCUCCCAGUGGCUUUUGCAAUGAUGAUUUGGGAAAUUACAGUGAAAUGAGACAUAUGUAUGAAUAUAACCUUUACGCAAGCGGAUACCAAAACCAAAGCCGGGGGUUAAAAAAAUGGUUGGGAGAUAGUCCCCUCUUA